AUGCGCUGGGACUACUUUGUCAACCAUUACGACAAUGAAACCCGGCAGGAACAGGACUCCAAGAUGACGUGGAGGACGCCAGCUGGAGAGCUGUACGUUGGUCAUGCUCCGCCAUCUGGCUCGGAGCCUUUGGGUAUUUGGUACCCGCGUGCAGGGACGCUUGGCGGAUGUUCUGCCCACAAUGCUCUCAUCACCAUAUACCCUCAUGAGAGUGACUGGACCUACAUCCAGACCCUGACUGGGGAUGAAACUUGGGCGCCAGAUGCCAUGCGCAAGCACUUCCAACGCAUGGAGCGGAACAGGUACCUGCCUUCCAGUUUUGUUGGCCACGGCUACGACGGAUGGCUCGAGACCAGUCUCACGGAUCUGUCGUUGGUCGUCGAAGACCCGAAGCUCCUUUCCCUCAUUAUUUCUGCCGGCACUGCGGCAGGCAAGGGUCUUUUGGGAAAGAUCAUCAACACUGUGACCGGGCUCGGAGAGGUUCUUCUCCGAGACAUCAAUGCCUACACCAGCGACCGUGACUCUCAGGAGGGUCUGUUCCAAGUCCCUCUCGCUGUCGAAGAACUGUCCAAGCACCGGAACGGACCGCGCAACUUCAUCCUCGACACGGCCAAUGCAGUCAACUCGGACGGAACUCGCAAGUACCACCUCGACAUCAAGCUCAACACCCUAGUCACCAAGGUCCUGUUCGACGAGUCCGGCAGCAAGCCCCGCGCCGCCGGCGUGAGCUACAUCGAAGGAUCCAGCCUCUACCGCGCCGACCCGCGCGCCAGCUCCACGUCCAGCACCGCUCCCCAGAAGUCCAUCAACGCGACCAAGGAGGUCAUCAUCUCGGCCGGCUCGUUCAACACGCCGCAGCUCCUCAAGCUCAGCGGCAUCGGCCCGAAGGAGGAGCUUGACUCGUUCAACAUCCCCGUCCUUGUCGACUCCCCCGGCGUCGGCGCCAACCUGCAGGACCGCUACGAGACCACCCUCGUCGGCGAGACGCCCACCGAUUUCACCAUCACCAAGGACUGCACCUUCCUGCGCACCGACGACGACCCAUGCCUCAAGCAGUGGCAGGAUCUGCCGGGCCCCUCGCUCAAGGGCACCUACGCCACCAACGGCAUUGCCAUCGCCAUCGUCAAGAAGUCUUCCUCGGCCGCAGAAGAGGAUGAUCCCGAUCUUCUGAUCUCGGGCGCGCCCGCCUACUUCACCGGCUACCACCCCGGCUACGCCGACCUCUCCCUCAAGGACGCGAAGCACUGGGCCUGGAUCGUGCUGAAGGCGCACUCGCGCAACAACGCGGGCAGCGUGACGCUGCGCUCGACGGACCCGCAGGACAUGCCGUCCAUCAACUUCAACUACUUCGACACGGGCGUGACGGCCGACGGCGCCGACGACAAGGACCUGCAGGCCGUGUACGAGGCCAUGCAGUUCUCGCGCCAGAUGUUCGACGACCUCGUCCCGCUGCAGGGCGACUUCGAAGAGGUCUGGCCCGGCCCCAACGUCACGACCGAGGAGGGCAUGAAGGAGUUUAUCAAGAAGGAGGCGUGGGGCCAUCAUGCGUGCUGCACGGCGGCGAUCGGUAAGGACGGCGACGAGAAUGCUGUGCUUGACUCGAAGUUCCGCGUCAGGGGUGUGGAUGGACUGAGGGUUGUGGACGCGAGUGUCUUCCCUAAGAUUCCUGGCUUCUAUAUCUCUGUGCCUGUCUACAUGGUCAGUGAGAAGGCUGCUGAGGUUAUCCUGGAGGAUGCGGCAUAG